CGGGAUUCCCCCAACGUCGAGUACAACCUCCUGCCUUACCCCAGUCCUACAGUGCAGAGAAAUGUGAUCCUUUUUCUUUUUCCUCGCACAUACAUACACACCUUGAAUCCCCCAAGCUUGGAAUUGCGAUUAUAGAAUGAUACCCGGAUCCUAGAGGGGGACAUUGCAAUUACGAUUCAAUAGGUACAACAACGUACGUGAUCAAUUGAGCACCACAAGGGAAAUAAUGUCGUCGUUGUCCAAAUUACCGCCUCCUAAGGCUAUUCUCUUUGACAUUGGCGGUGUCUGCGUAAUAUCCCCCUUCCAAGCGAUCCUCGACUACGAGCGCGCCCACAACAUCCCAACCGGCUACAUCAACCACGCGAUCCAACUCGGCCCGCACGACACAGGAGCCUGGCAGCUCAUUGAGCGCGGCGACGUCGUCCUCAACGACGCCUGGUUCGCCUCCUUCAAGGCUCAACUCUCCAACCCGGAUCACUGGUCCCGGUACUACCUCCGCUCCUCCUCCUCCUCUUCCUCCACUGGCGGUGGAUCCGUCCCACCAGUCCCAGACAUCGACGCAAAGAAACUCUUCUGGAACAUGAUGCGCACGAGCCGCGCGCCCGAUCCCUUCAUGUACCCCGCGCUCAAGAAGCUCGGCGCCAGCGGUCGCUUCGCCCUCGGCGCGCUGAGCAACACGGUCGCGUACCCGGAUGGCAUCGUGGACGAGGAGGGGAACCUGUUUGAGAAGGGGCUUGUGCACGACCAGGACGAGGGGAAUCCGCAUAGGGGGGAUUCGAGGGAUAUCAAGGAUUGCUUUGAUGUUUUUGUUAGUAGUGCGCAUGUUGGGGUUAGGAAGCCGGAUCCCAAGGCGUAUGAGUUGGCGGUUAGGGAGCUGGAUAGGGUGGCGAGGGGGAAGGGGUUGGGGGGUGUGACUGCGGAGGAGGUGCUGUUUUUGGAUGAUAUUGGGAUUAAUCUCAAGUGGGCGAAGAAGAGUGGUUUGCGGACUAUCAAAGUGAACCUUGGGGAGACGAAGGAUGCCGUCCGUCAGCUCGAGGAGCAAACGGGUUUGCAACUCUUACCCGACAACGGUAGAGCUAAGCUAUAGAAAGAAAAUAGAAGAGC